AUGUUCGUCUACAAGAGAGACGGGCGCAAGGAGCGCGUGCAAUUCGACAAAAUCACGGCUCGCGUGUCAAGAUUAUGCUAUGGGCUUGAUCCAGAGCAUGUCGAUGCUGCAGCUAUCACCCAGAAAGUAAUUUCGGGAGUAUACCAAGGAGUAACUACCAUUGAGCUGGACAACCUGGCCGCUGAAACUGCUGCAUACAUGACUGUCACCCAUCCAGACUAUGCUAUCCUUGCCGCCAGAAUAGCCGUGUCCAACCUGCACAAGCAGACCAAGAAGCAAUUCUCAUCUGUCAUCGACGAUCUUUACCACUAUAUUAACCCAAAGAACAACCGCCCUGCACCUAUGAUCUCCCAAAAGACAUACGAAAUCGUCAUGAAGCAUUCAGCUGAGCUUAACUCAGCUAUCGUUUACGACCGUGACUUCAAUUAUCAAUACUUUGGGUUCAAAACUCUGGAAAGGUCGUACCUAUUGCGAAUCAACGGCAAGGUCGCUGAGCGUCCCCAGCACAUGAUCAUGCGUGUUGCAGUCGGCAUCCAUGGCGAAGACAUUGAGAAGGCAAUUGAGACGUAUAAUCUGAUGUCCCAGAAGUUCUUCACUCACGCUUCCCCCACGCUUUUCAAUGCUGGAACGCCACAGCCACAGAUGGCUUCCUGUUUCCUCAUCGACAUGAAGGAGGACAGUAUCGAAGGCAUUUAUGAUACUCUGAAGACCUGUGCGCUGAUCUCAAAGACAGCCGGUGGUAUCGGUCUUAAUGUCCAUCGUAUCCGUGCCACUGGUUCCUACAUUGCAGGAACAAACGGCUCCUCCAACGGAAUUAUCCCUAUGCUCCGUGUCUUUAAUAACACCGCUCGGUACGUCGAUCAGGGUGGCAAUAAACGGCCAGGUGCCUUCGCCAUCUACCUUGAACCUUGGCACUCUGAUAUCUUCGAAUUUUUGGAUCUUCGCAAGAACCACGGAAAGGAGGAAGUGAGAGCCCGUGAUCUGUUCCUCGCCCUUUGGACACCUGAUUUGUUUAUGAAACGUGUUGAGAAAAACGGUGAUUGGACUUUGUUCUGUCCCAACGAGGCACCAGGGCUUGCUGAUGUUUAUGGCGAUGAGUUCGAGGCCCUCUAUGAGCAGUACGAGAAGGAAGGCCGUGGCCGAAAGACCAUCAAGGCCCAGAAGCUUUGGUAUGCGAUUCUAGAAGCUCAAACUGAGACCGGGAACCCCUUUAUGCUUUAUAAGGAUGCGUGCAACCGCAAGAGCAACCAGAAAAACCUUGGAACCAUCCGAAGCUCUAACUUGUGCACGGAAAUCAUCGAAUAUACCUCUCCAGACGAAGUUGCGGUCUGCAACCUUGCAUCCCUUGCCUUACCCACAUACGUCGAUCCCGUUCGUGGCGAGUAUGACUUUGGCAAGCUGCAUGAAGUCACACAAGUUCUUGUUCGAAAUUUGAACAAAAUCAUUGAUGGCAAUCAUUAUCCUGUCCCUGAAGCACGAAAGAGUAAUUUCCGCCAUCGUCCUAUUGCUGUCGGUGUGCAAGGUCUUGCCGAUGCUUUCCUUGCCCUGCGGUUGCCAUUCGACUCGCCGGAAGCAAGACAACUGAAUAUUCAGAUCUUUGAAACGAUCUAUCACGCUGCUUUGACCGCGUCUUGCGAUAUCGCCAAGGUGGACGGUCCUUAUGAGACCUAUGAAGGCUCUCCCGUCUCGCAAGGCAUUUUGCAGUAUGAUAUGUGGAACGUGACCCCAACCGACCUUUGGGAUUGGGAUUCCCUCAAAAGGGACAUCGCAAAACAUGGUGUUCGCAACAGUUUACUCGUUGCUCCCAUGCCUACCGCUAGCACAAGUCAGAUCCUCGGAUUUAACGAAUGUUUUGAGCCAUACACGUCAAACAUCUACUCUCGUCGUGUUCUUGCCGGUGAAUUCCAAGUCGUGAAUCCAUGGCUUUUGAAGGAUCUCGUCGAUCUCGGCCUUUGGUCCGACAACAUGAAGAAUCGCAUAAUCGCUGAAGGCGGUUCAAUCCAAAACAUUCCAAAUAUCCCCGCCGACAUCAAGGCUCUUUACAAAACAGUGUGGGAGAUCUCUCAGAGAACCAUCGUUCAAAUGGCCGCCGACCGUGGUGCAUAUAUUGACCAGUCUCAAUCCCUCAACAUCCACCUCAAGGAGCCUACGAUGGGCAAGAUCACCAGCAUGCACUUUGCGGGAUGGAAGCUGGGUCUGAAGACGGGAAUGUACUAUCUCCGCACGAUGGCAGCUUCUGCACCUAUCCAGUUCACGGUCGACCAGGAACAGCUCAAAGUUGCAGAUACAAACGUCGCGAGGUCGAGCGUCGUGGGGAAAAAGAGAGGUGGUGGGCUUGGUAACUCUUCUGGCGCUUACUCCGCCGUGCCCCGGCCGAUGUACGACCAGAAGCAACCUGAAUCGGAGCCCCCUCGGCCAGUGAGUCCCAAGGGGAUUCCUGCGUUCCAACGGACACCGGCGACGGCUCCGCCGGAUGAGGAGCUGGGGAAGAAGCAAACCCAGUCAAUGACGGAGGUACAGGUCAACGAGACAAAUACCGGUGAGCAGGGACAGAGUGAACAGGAUAUUUAUUCGCAGAAGGUGUUGCAGUGUAGCAUCGAAAACAAAGAAGCUUGCAUGAUGUGCAGUGGUUAGGAUAUGAAGUCGAUGAAUGUCUAUGAUGUGGGAUUAUGAUCAUGGGUAGUUUACAUAGGGCAGUUAAAGCAACGCUGCUAUUCCUUUUUGUUUUUCCCCCCACCCCUAUAGUUUGCUAUGUAUUUUGCUUGUUGCUUUUUGGUACCCCAUUUUGUUGCUUUUUUUUUUUUUUUUUCUCUUCCUCUCAUCUAUUAUCAGUU